AUGCCUGCCCUGGCGUUACGAGGAGUUCAUGUCAUGAGGCCGUGUCGUGGGGUGGAUGGUGGUGGUUUCGGCUUAUAUCUGCUGCCCCUGAGGGCGAUUGCCAUUGAGGGAAGGUUGCGACUGCCGUGCCAAUGGGCUGUGUCGCCUUGUGAGGCUUUGACUCGGGAAGUGACGCGUCGAGACCAGGGGUGGGUUGAUAAAACGACGGGAGGGCUGAGCUGUGACCGAUAG